AUGGCCGGAAAUGGGUCCGGGUGCACAAAGUCCGGGCCUAGUUCCGCUCACCCUCAGCUUUUCCUAUCCUGUCCCGUCUCGCUCGCCUCACAACAAGAGAACGAUUUAGAUCCCAAUGAUAUGGAUCGACCUGGCCAGACAGGAUACAUGGUAUUAAACGAAGAAGGAGCAGUAUUAUCUUCGUCGGGAGAUCUAGAAAAUGAUGAAAAGUUCGCCAACUCUAUAAUGGGAUUAUUGAAUAUUUCUUCUCACAUAGACUUAAACGACACACCAAAAGAAGGUUUCAAAAAACUCUCGAUAGUAUACGAAGAUCAUUGUUAUAUUGUUUGCCUGUCUAAUAGAAAAUAUCACAUAAUUAAAAGGAAAACGCCUCAUUUCUGAGUCGAUUUCAAAUAAAAUGAAUGUUAUACUAUACUUAACGAAGAUGAAAUUUAUGCAGAUGAUUAUUCUUAUUGGUGGUAUAUUGUAUUCCUUGUUUCAACUUUACAAUAUAGUACAUAGCAUGUAAGUUUAUCAUUAGAGCAGCAAUUAUUCCUGUAGUGUUUUUUUUUAUUUUAUUGUACAAAUAUAGAACAAAAUUUUCUAUUCU